AUGCUCUCACAAUUGACAAGCCAGUCGGGAGCUGCACUGUUCUCCAAGAGUGGUGUCGAAUCUCGAUCAACCGUGGUUUGUGUCGACAAUCCUGGAAGCCGACUGGCUAACAGAUUGUGCCUGGCGGGCUGGCUUGGCUUCGGGCCUGUGCUCUGUGGUAGAUACUGCGAACAGAGCGGCUUUUGCGCAAGCCCUUCUGCUUCCUGUGUCUUACCGUGGCGUGAUGAUGGCCUCUGCCGCUCGCCCAAUAAAUGUCGCCUUUCCACUGCUCAAAGCCUAACGCAGGGCCACCGAGAGUCCAGGAAUCACGGAAGAUUCGAACCGGCCAGACGGUGCGCUUCUGUUUCAACGGCUUCGCUUCUUCGCGAUAAUAUCCACAAUCCGCGCGAGACGGCUAGGGCAGAACCGAUCAAGCCAUUUGUCUCUAACCACCAACCCUAG